CUCGCUCGCGAGAGAGCGAGCCCAGCAACUUGCCUUGGUGAUCCACGGCAUUCAAGAGAAAGGCAACCUGGAAUUUAUAGCGCAAAAGAGACGGAGGCAAUGCGGAAAUAGGUGGACAGUUCAUGUCACCGAGUUUGCAUCCCACUCCCAGGCUGAGGAUCUGAGAGUUCGCGGGGAUUGCAAUUAAGUGACAAGAAUUCUUUUUAUUUUCCUUCCUUUUCUCAGCGCUUAAAAUUACCAGCUUUAAACUACACUUCGCGGAGGAUUUGAAGCAUUCUUUUGCAUUUGACAUUGGGCUGAGAAGAAAACAGAUUAUACCGGAGGAUCAAAGCAACACUUUUUUUUUUCUUGUGAGCAUCAACAUGGACGUGUUGGCGAAUUACAGUAUUUUUCAGGAACUUCAGCUGGUGCACGACACGGGCUACUUCUCGGCGAUGCCGUCGCUGGAGGAGAACUGGCAGCAGACAUGUCUGGAACUGGAGAGGUACCUACAGACGGAGCCCAAAAGGCUUUCGGAACUCUUCGACGAGGAGCUCGACUGCCUCCUAACGCCAGCCUUCAUGAAGGGAGACAGCGACGAGGACCUGAUGGACCCCCUGCUGCCCGGUUUAUCCAAUGAGCCCAGCCCGCCACAUCUGCUCGUAUCCUAUCCCAAAAACCUUCAUACCCCAGCCAACACCAAGAAUACCGUGGCAGGGCUGAAAGAAGUCAGCGGAGGGGUUAAUCCCGCCCAGCUAAACGCAGUCACGUCCCUCACGCCGCCUUCCUCGCCGGAAUUGGGACGCCAUCUUGUCAAGCCUACACAGACUCUUACCGCCACAGCCGAUGGCACGCUCACGCUGAAAUUGGUGGCCAAGAAAGUCGGUCUUGGGGCGGCAAAGGUGGUGGCGACACAUUCGCUACCUUCGCCACCAAAUCGCGGUGCACAGAGCGACGGAGAGGGAGGACUGGGAACGGUAGGCGGAGGGGACAUUCCAGAGAACAAAAAGAGGGUCCAUCGUUGCCAGUUUAAUGGCUGUAGGAAGGUUUACACAAAAAGCUCCCAUCUAAAGGCACACCAGAGGACACAUACAGGUGAGAAGCCUUACAAAUGCUCCUGGGAAGGCUGUGAAUGGCGUUUCGCACGAAGCGACGAACUGACGAGGCACUACCGCAAACACACUGGUGCCAAACCUUUCAAGUGCAACCACUGCGACAGAUGUUUUUCCAGGUCUGAUCACUUGGCUUUGCACAUGAAGCGACAUAUCUAAGGCCGAGGGAGACGGGAGAGAGAGAGAGAGAGAGAGAGAGAGAGAGAGAGAGAGAGAGAGAGAAAAAGAAAACGAGUGAGAUCGAAGAGGAGAACAGGUGUGCACCGGCCCAGACGGGAACAUUCACAACAGACUUUGAGUGCACAUGAGGGGUCUGGCCGCAAACAUCACCAGGAGGAACAUGUGAGGCAGCGUGGGCAAACGUUGUUGGAUUCUAAAAGUCUUUUCAUCAGCGAUUAGCCAUGCCUUACCGAGUGCUAGCUUGAAGGUCAGACACUGCCAAACACCACCGUUUUUUUUCUGUCAUUCUCUUUGUGUACAGUAAAUCAAUCAUUAGCAUGGAACGGAUACUCAACGCUACAUGUAUAAAACCGAAACGCACAUGCCAUUCAUCACGUAACAACGGUUCUACUAGAGAAUCAUGUUCAUUGUACAUUCUGGAACUUCCUUUUUCUUUUUCCAAGGACACAUCACAAUAACCAACCUGCAGCUAUGUCGUAUACAGCAAACAACCAAACACGGAAAACAACAUUGCCAAUACGUUCUGAGGAGAGACCAAUGGAACAAGCGGCCAAAUGCAACACCCGGCCCCCGAAGUAGGCUCUGCGUGG